UAGCACUUGGCAAACACGUACUGGAUAACCUGUGGUAAAGAGAGAGAAUUGUGAAGUUCUUCAGCUCACAUCAUCAUGUUCUUUCUUCCCGUGAUGCUGUUGCUCCUCUCUGGUGGCUCAGCCAGAGUUGUGUUGGAUUUUCAACAUGAAUGUAGUGGGGUUUUUCACCACAAUAUUCCACCAACAGUAUUUCCUGCACCUCGGUUCAGACAGAUCUGCCAAACUCUAAAUAAUGUUUAUCAUUAUGCCACACUUUAUGACACCAGCAACAAGAUCCCUGUGUACUCGGCCUAUGUGUUUACAGGGUGGGUGAAAUGCAUCAGAACUUCCAGCUGGUACAUUGAACCUCAGCUUGAAGGUCCUAAUGAAGACCCAAACAUGGCUCAGGAGAGAAUUCCGGUAGAAAAGCAAGCUUCUAAUAGAGAUUACAUAGGCUCUGUCUACCACAAAGGACACCUGGCUCCAGUCUCUCUUGCUAAUUCACAGCAGUGUGCUGAUGCCACAUUCACUCUUACCAAUGCUGCCCCUCAACACCCAUCAUUUAAUAGUGGUAAGUGGAGGGCGGUAGAAAGCAGUAUGAAUAAAACACUGUCUAGUCAAUGUACAGGACCAGCUUACAUUGUUACAGGAGUGGUACCAGGUAAUAAAAUCAUUAAGAACAGAGUGAGGGUGCCAAGUCAUUUUUGGACCGCAUUUUGUUGCCAAAGUAAUAUUCAGCUAAUUUCAGGGGCAGUUAUUGGAAAUAACUACAACGAAUUUCCUGUCCAAAUGACUGUGAGACAGUUAGAGACCAACUUGACAAACCAUUAUGGAGUUAAUUUUACUUUGUUUGAUAAUAAUUGCGGAGAAGCUGUCUAUGUUCCUGUGAUAAAUAAAGACAGACUUCGACAGUCCCGCUGCAAAAUUCAAAGAACCCAAGAUCGAAGAUGCCGCAUAGAAAAGAAGUGCGGAAAACGUAGAGUAUACUGCCGUAGAAACCUUCCAAGAGUGUCAGCUUUGCGAUUGAAUUAGUGAUAGAGGAGACAGAGAGUUGCUGUUUGUAAUGCAUUAUUUGUCUUAAGUGUUGAUUGUUGCAAACUAAAGCCUUUGGAUAUGUUAUAUUUCAAAUUAAAUCAAUGAUUUUUCUGAUUCAGAUUAUUUGUUAUUCUCGUCUUCUACUUUAUUAAUUCAAUAAAUAAUAACUCCGCUUGUUAUGCUGAAUGUUCAUGAUGAUCAAAAAUGCAAAUAA